AUGCAUCAAUUUUCUUUUGCUUAUCACUCAUCAUAUGUUAGAAAUUGGCGCGUGCUCGGAGCAAUAUGGGUUCUAUUCGCCCUUAGUGCAACUAUACUACAAAUUCUUGUAUUCAUCCAUCCGGCUUGGAUUGGAAAUGAAGAAGGAGGCUACUUUGGAUUGUAUGACUAUUGCAGUACUUCAGAAUGCACUUGGAACAUAUUGAGAGUUCGACCACUGAGUUUCUCGUUCGAAAUCGCUGCAUUCUUGGUUCUCGCAGCGACAGUGCUCACAAUUCUUGCUGUGUUUUCGAUUUUGCUUUUAAUUUUGCUGAGAGAUAGAUAUGUUUUUCUCUUAUGUUCUUGGAUGCAUAUGUUCAGCUUUAUCGCUAUGCUAACAGCGUGCAGUCUAUUUCCAAACGGGUGGGAGAAUCCACGCGUCCGCGAAGUUUGCGAUUCGAAGAAAUACAAUAUAGGAAUGUGCCAUCUCAGAUGGCCAUACUUACUAGCUCUUGUCUUGGUUGUUGAUCAGCUUUGUUUAUCACUUCUGGGAUUCGUGUUAGCAUGUCGUCAACCACCUAAUAUACCAGAGGUUCAUCCAUUUGCAAUUGCAAAUGAUAUGAAACCUGCGCAACGAUCUCGGAAAAUAUCGAAACACGAACCGUGCUAUGCAACGAAUAUGAUGAAAGUUGAGCUUUAA